AUGUCUGCCCCUGCAACUACAGCGGUCGAAGGCCAAGAAGGAACAAAUGAGCAUAUCAAGAUUUCCAUUAAAUUGCCCACCUUGGCACAUUCUCACCAUCAUCAUGCAAAGAAAUCAAACAAUAAGAAGAAUGAACUACUUUUCCAAUUCAAUAAGGAUGCUAAAGUGGAAACCAUCAUUAACGUUCUCGCUUUCACUGAGCAAACUAAAUAUUUGACAAAUAUUCAAUUGAGAUGGAAUGAUAAGAUCUUGAAUGAAGAAGAUACCAUUUUCGAUGUCAUUAACGGUAAAGUAUCCGAUAUGGUUCAUUUAAGCAUUGAAGUGAAACCUUAUACCGCUAGAGACUCAUUGAAGCAUUUAUUGACUGUUCGUGAUUUUAUCGGAUUUGCAUCCGAGACUUCUGAUGGUUUAUCUGAAUUUGCUGUAUCUACAGGCUCUAAAUUCACUGAACUACCAUUGGGUGAAAUUAGAGUACCCACUGCUGAAGAAGAAGAACAAAAGGAUGAGGCUGCAGAAGAUAAAGAAGUAAAGAAGAAUGUCUUUAAGGUGUCUGAUGAAGAAAAGGAUAACUUCGCCAAGGUUGUCCAUGAAAUCUUUGAAUCAUCCAAGAAGACUACGAUUAACCAAGUAUUGACUGCAGACUCUAACGUAGUUACUCCAUGCGUCCGCUCCUUGACAUUAUCUGCUUAUAACCCAGUUCCUGUAUUUUACAAGUCGCAAGGUCAUUUAUUCUAUUUGCAAGUGGUAACUUUAGAAGGUGAAACCUUCCACGUGACAGCCACUCAAUCAGGAUUUUAUAUAAAUAAAUCGACAUCCACUAAAUUUGAUCCAUCUGAAAGAUUGUCUGAAGAACAUAACAACGAAUCCAAGAUCUUCUACAGUUUAUACGAUUUACUUGCAUCCCAUUCAAAGAAAUUUGUCUCUCAUGUUGAAACAUUUGAAAAGAAAUUAGCCGGUAUGGAAUCUGUCUCAUAUGUCAAGCCUGUAUCCACCUUUUUACAUAAACCAUGGUUAGUGACACCACCAACAAAUCCACCAGAUUUCUUCCGUCUUCAAUUAGAUUCUCAAAAUGUUUCAGUUGAAACUAAUUUCAAUGAUCAAUUCCAAGCCAUCAGAGACCUACCAACUAAUUCUUUGAUGGAACGUAUUGAAUUUGAAAGAUUGCAAACCAAGAUUAUUCAUGAAUUCUCUGUGGAAGCCAUUAAAGGUGCUAUGUCUAUUUUUAAUGAUAAUUUACCUCCAUUAAACCCUGAAUCACCAACCAAUGAACAGAUCUUUUUAUCAGGCCAUAUAUUCUAUUCAUUCGUCACUUCAAUUAAAGAUAAUGGUAUCAAUGAAGAUGCAGCAAGAGCCAUUUCCAAUCAUGAUUUGAAGACCAUCAAUUUAUUAAAUAGGGUCAAUCUGAAUGAUGUAAGAUAUGUAUUGACUACUAUUGUUGAUUUUGCUGGAAGAAGAUUACUGGCACAAACUCCAGUACCUGGUUUAUUGGACUCCAUGGGAACUCAAGUGGAAAAAGAUCCAGAAACUGGUGAAGAAACAUUAAAAGAUCUAAACAACGACGUUAUGGUCAAGUACGGGUUAGACGAAGAAGAAGGGAAAAUAUUGUUUGAUGCCGAUUUCGAUGCUGCCUUGGGUAAAGAAUUCGCCAAGAUUUUCCAUUUGAAGAAACAUCAAGUUUCCAAUGGAAAGGAUGGAGAAAACGUCGAUAUCUGGUUUUCUUCCAAAUCGAGAGGUAUUGUUGGUUUCGAUAAGAGAAAGUAUAUUCUAGAUUUGGCUAACACUUACCCAUUAGAUAUUAAUUUUGUCAAGGAAAACUAUGAUAAUGUGGCCGAUACGAAGCGUUACCCACAUAGACAAACCUUAAUGCGUCCUGAAUUAGUUGAAAAGUGGUGGAACGCGCAAGUUGAGAAAAAUAAAGAUUUGACAAUGGAUGCCGCAUAUGAUGGAAACAUGUUUAGUUAUAAUCCAGAUGCAUUCGUCGUGGAUGGUGUUGAGGAUCCUACAGUUGAAGAAAUCUCUACUUAUUUGACAAAGGAGGUUCUUCCAGGCGUUGUUGCUGAUUAUAUUCAAAAUAACGUCAACAUUCCUUAUAAUGGUGAGCAUUUAGUUGAUACUUUACAUAAGAACGGUAUCAAUCUUCGUUAUUUGGGGAAAUUCAUUGAAUUGGUUCAAACUGAAUUAUCCAAGCAAGUUGCUCAACAUACUGAGAAAUUGAAGACAGUUGCAGAAGGUAAUAUUGAAUAUGAAAAUUGGGAAAAGGAAUAUUUAGUUAAAAUUGAAAAAUUAAUUGCUGAAAGACAAGCCAAAAUUAAUAAACUGAUUCAAGAAGGAAAAGAAGUUCCAAAGGAACUAACUGAAGAUUUGAAGUUGAAUGACGAUGAAAUCAGAAAGCCAACUGAUGAACAACCGAUAGUUGUUGCUAAAGAUGAAUUAACUACCUUGAUUAAUAUUGCAGAAUUAGAAAUUAUUACCCGUUCUUUGAAGCACGUUUUAAGAUCAUAUAGUAAAGAUCUACCUGUUCUUAUGGUGCCAUCUUUGAUCGCCUUCGUUUUAAAUUUAUUGUUUGGUGAAAAAUACAAUGAUUCUCCAGUCGCCGAAGAAAUUGAUAAUUUCCAUCCAAUUAAAUCUUUCAGUUUCCACAAGCUAACUCGUACUACGUUAUUGGAGGCAAUUUCCAAGGAAUCUUAUCUACGUUUCCGUUAUGAAUUGCCUACUGAUUGGAUUUCUAAAUAUUCUGAAUCUCCUUUCAUCGCUAUUAGAUCCUUAAGUUACAAGAUUGGUAUUCAAUUGGUUAAUAAGCAAUAUUUCUUCACUACGGAAUCAUUCGAAACAUUCAAACAAUCUCAAGAUAAGAAGAUUAGAAAUAAAUUAGUAGCACCUUUGAAUACCUUCUCUGUGAAAGACUUAACAAUUAUUCCUCGUGUUAAGACCUCUGAAUUCUCAUCAUUAGUUGGACAAGAUUUCUGGACUCAAGGCACACUUACUAUCCAAGAAGCACCAAAAGAUGCUUUAACUUUAUUUGCACAAGCUAUUACUGUAAUGGAAGAAGUUAGCAGUAUAUUACAUCCAAGUGUUGCCGAAAAGUACUUAUCCGUUUCUACUGUGUACAAUCAACUUGGUUUAACAUCAGAAGCCGUUGCUUUCUGUCGUAAGGCUUGUAAGAUUUAUGAAAGAGUCUGCGGUGUUGAUUCCUUUGAAAUGCUAAGAGCAUUAACAAAUUUGGCUAUGUUAGAAACCUCUAAUAAGAGUCCAUACAAUGCUGCUGUGGUGUAUAAGAGACUUAUCGAGACUUUGCAAUCUUUCAACUUGAGCACCUUACAUCACCCAAGUAUGACAAGUAUUUAUUCAAACAUUGAACAAUUAUCCUUAGGUGUUGAGAACAUUAAAUUAAGCAUGGCAGUUCUAAAGCACUUAUGUGAUUUAAUUGUUUCAUUUGAAGGUAAGGAAUCACUAGCAUAUGCGUUCACUGAGAGUCGUUUGGGUAAUUUAUAUGUCACAGUUAAGGAUUUCCGUAGUGCUUUGCAACAUAUUGCUGUAACUGAGCCUAUCUUUAGCAAAGAAUUGGGGACUAAUCAUGUUACCACGGCUCAAUCUAGACAAUGGAUUAAUGGUUUGACCAAUGUCGUUAAUGAUAUGCAAAAACAACUUAAUCAAACUCAAGCAGCAGUGAAUGCUAAGAGUAAUGCACCUGCCAAGAAGCAUAAAAACAAGAAGGAUGAACCAAAUGCAGAAUUAGCCGAUAAAUCUGUUGAUGAAUUGUUGAACUUCAUUGAAGGUGAUCAAAAAUCAUCCGGUUCUUCCAAGGGUAAGAAAGGGAAGAAAGGUGGAAAACAUGGCAAGAAAUAA